AUAUCCUUGUACCAAACUCCCCUUCAGAUGGGGUUUGGUAGGGGGAUACAAGUGCCAAUAUGGGCCCUGUUGUUAACAGUCUGUUUUGCCCAGCAAGAAGCUUUUCAGGCUACAACUCCACCUGGAAAGGUGACCAUCAUCCAGCCAAUGACAACAAACCCAGUGAUAACAACCUUAAACCCUGCUCACAAUGAACGCGUGUGCAGCACAUGGGGCAACUUCCACUUCAAAACCUUUGAUGGGGACAUCUUUCAUUUCCCUGGGCUCUGCAACUAUGUUUUUGCAUCCCACUGCAAUGCAGCUUAUGAGGAUUUUAACAUCCAAAUCAGGCGCACUCUGAUCGGAAAUGUUCCUACUAUCAGCCAUAUCAUCAUGAAACUUGAGGGUGCGAUUAUUGAAAUAACGAAGGAUUCUGUUCUCGUGGACGGCAGUAGGGUUCAGCUGCCCUCUAGCCACUCUGGAAUCCUGAUUGAGAAAAACAACAUCUAUAUAACAGUGAGAGCCAAAAUGGGCUUGCUUUUCAUGUGGAAUGAGGAUGACAGUAUCUUGCUGGAAGUGGCUGAGAAAUAUGCCAAUCAGACCUGUGGGCUGUGUGGGGACUUCAAUGGCAUUCCAACAUACAAUGAGUUCUUUUCAAACAAUAUCCAGCUGUCUGCCCUACAGUUUGGGAAUAUGCAGAAGCUAGAUGGGCCAACAGAACAAUGUGAGGAUCCUACAUCAAACACUGUGGACAACUGCACUAUUGAUUAUGAAAACAUGUGCCGGAAAACACUGACUGGCCCUGCCUUUUCAGAGUGUAAUGAUCUACUAGAUGUUAGCAAGUACAUUGAGUCUUGUGUACAAGACUUGUGCCGCUGUGACCAGUCCAACAAUGCCUUCUGCAUGUGUAAUACUUUUGCUGAAUACUCCCGGCAGUGUGCCCAUGCUGGUGGGCAACCUCAGAACUGGAGAACUCCACAACUGUGCCCCAAGAUGUGUACUUUCAAUAUGCACCACCAGGAAUGUGGUUCCCCCUGCAUAGACACCUGCAGUAACCCUGAAACGUCUCCACUCUGUGAGGAGCACUGUAUAGAUGGCUGCUUCUGCCCUCCAGGAACUGUGUUUGAUGACAUUACCACUUCUGGCUGCAUUCCCCUUCAGCAGUGCUCCUGUACCUACAAUGGUAACACUUAUGCUCCAGGGACGUCUUAUUCAGGCGCAUGUCACACCUGCACCUGCACUGGAGGCAAAUGGAACUGUGAAGAUAUUCCAUGCCCUGGAACUUGUUCAAUAGUAGGAGGCUCACAUAUCUCCACAUAUGAUGAAAAGCAUUACAAGGUCCAUGGGGACUGUACUUAUGUUCUCUCUAGGGACUGUGAAAAUGACACCUUCACCAUUUUGGGGGAACUUCGCAAAUGCGGCCUGACAGAUACCGAGACAUGCUUAAAAAUGAUAGCCCUCAUCACUAACAAAGAGCAAACAAUCAUUGUGAUUAAGCCUGAUGGUGGUGUGUUUUUAAACAGUUUCUAUACUCAGUUGCCCAUCUCAACAGCUGAUGUGACCAUCUUUAGACCUUCAUCCUUCUUUGUUAUCGUGCACACAAAUUUUGGUCUCCAGAUGGAGAUCCAAGUCACGCCCUUCAUGCAAGUGUUUGUGCGACUGGAUCCAUCUUUGAAAGGACGGACCUGUGGUCUCUGCGGAAACUUCAACAAUGCCCAGCUUGAUGACUUCAAAAUAAUAAGUGGUGUAGUUGAAGGAACAGGAGCUGCAUUUGCUAAUACCUGGAAAACAAAGGCUUCAUGCACUGACAUCAAAAAUAGCUUUGAAAACCCUUGCUCCCUCAGUGUAGAGAAUGAAAAGUAUGCUCUGCACUGGUGUGGAAUGCUAACCAACAGGACAGGACCAUUUGCUGCUUGCCACGCUACUGUGAACCCCACUUCUUACCACACGAAUUGCAUGUUUGACACUUGUAACUGUGAAAAAAGUGAGGACUGUAUGUGUGCCUCCCUCUCUGCCUACAUGCGAGCUUGUGCAGCCAAAGGAGUCCUGUUGAGUGGAUGGAGGACUAACAUCUGUUCCAAAUACACAACGUGUCCCAAAUCCCUGAGUUACAGCUAUGUCAUCAGUUCCUGUCAACCCACUUGCCAGUCUCUAAGUGAGCCCGAUGUCACAUGCAACAUAAAGUUUGUUCCAGUUGAUGGCUGUACUUGUGUAAAUGACACUUACAUGGAUGAAAGUGGCAAAUGUGUGCCUGCUAGCAGAUGUCCCUGUUACUACAAAGGAUCUCUUGUGCCCUCUGGGGAAGUGAUUCAUGAAGAUGGUCAUGUAUGCACUUGUGUAAAAGGAGUGUUGAACUGCAUUGGAACCAAAACUGCAGAGCCAGUCUGCAUUUCUCCCAUGGUCUAUUUUGACUGCAAAAACAUCACUGCAGGAACCACUGAGGUUGAGUGUCAGAAAAGCUGUCAGACUCUCGAUAUGCACUGUUAUAGAACACAAUGUGUAUCAGGCUGCAUGUGCCCUUCUGGGCUGGUGUCAGAUGGGAAAGGUGGCUGCAUUACUCAGGAAGAAUGCCCAUGUGUUCACAAUGAAGCUAUGUACAAGCCAGGAGAAAAGAUCAAAGUGGGCUGUAAUACCUGUGAAUGUAAGAAUAGGAUGUGGAGCUGCACCAAGCACCAAUGCCUGGGUACCUGUGCUGUUUAUGGAGACGGGCAUUACAUCACCUUUGAUGACAAAAGGUUCAGCUUCAAUGGAAAUUGUGAAUACACACUCGUCCAGGACCACUGCGGCAUCAAUGGCACAGCCAAUGGAACUUUCCGAGUGAUCACUGAGAACAUUCCUUGCGGCACCACUGGAACCACCUGUUCAAAGUCUAUAAAAGUCUUCCUAGGGAAUUAUGAAUUGAUACUCAAUGAGGAGCACUUCCAGGCAGUAAAGAGGGGUGAUGGACAGGAAGUGCCAUACAAAGUCCACUACAUGGGAAUGUACUUAGUGAUUGAGACUGUCAGUGGACUGCACCUUAUGUGGGAUAAGAAAACCAGCAUCUUCAUCAAGCUUAGUCCUGAUUUCAAGGGUCAAGUCUGUGGCCUAUGUGGAAACUAUGAUGACAAUGACAUCAAUGACUUCACCACCAGGAGUCAGUCUGUAGUAGGAGAUGUGCUGGAGUUUGGAAACAGCUGGAAAAUAUCUUCUUCUUGUCCUGAUGCCAAAUGCGUAAAGAAUCCAUGCUCUACUAACCCUUACAGAAAAUCCUGGGCAGAGAAGCAGUGCAGCAUCAUCAACAGUGAUGUCUUUUCUGCCUGUCACCCUCAGGUUGACGCAAAAAAAUAUUAUGACUCAUGUGUGACUGAUGCAUGUGCUUGUGACAGUGGAGGAGACUGUGAAUGUUUCUGUACCGCAGUAGCUGCCUAUGCUCAAGUAUGCAGUGAAUUUGGAGUCUGCGUGGCCUGGAGAACACCAUCCAUCUGUCCUAUGUUCUGUGAUUAUUAUAACCCAAAGGGGGAAUGUGAAUGGCACUACAAGCCUUGUGGGGCUCCCUGCAUGAAGACCUGUAGGAAUCCAACUGGAAGAUGCCUUAAUCAGUUCUCAGGCUUAGAAGGCUGCUACCCAACCUGUUCACCGGACAAACCAUAUUUUAAUGAGCAUACGAUGAACUGUACUGAUACCUGUGGAUGUUAUGAUGAUCUAGGAAAGUAUGUAGAACCAGGAAAGACCUACUACUUACGGGACAAUUGUCAGUUAUGUAAAUGCACACAGGAAGGCAAAAUAAACUGCGUGUACGAGGAAACAGCAUGUUACUGCAUUUAUGAAGGGAAAAAAUAUGAGUAUAAUGAGGUCAUUUACAACACCACAGAUGGAACUGGAGGCUGCUUUAGUGCAGUUUGUGAUGUGAAUGGAACAAUAACCAGACAUAUAUAUAUAUGUAAUACUCCUACAACCACACAUCCAUUUAACUUCAGUACACCUACAACUAGUGUUACAGGAACAACAGCUAUACCAACUGCUACAACAGUAUGUGUCCACAGAGUAUGUGAAUGGUCAGAAUGGUAUGAUACCAGCCAUCCAACAUCUGCUUCCAGUAAUGGAGAUUAUGAAACAUUUACAAAUCUAAUAAAUAAAGGACACAAGAUAUGCAAAACACCAAAUGAUGUUGAAUGCAGAGCAGCACAAUAUCCAGACAUGUCAUUAAAAGACCUGAACCAAAAACCAGCCAUAACGAUAUCAACACUUGCCCCCACUACUACGCUGGCUACAAGCCGUACAAAGCCCGCAGUCAGCAUUAUUACUAGAUCACCUGUCAGCCAACUCCCUCAGGGACAAGCUUCCACAGUUUCUACCUUAUCUCCUUUAGUAUCUACAACCCCUGGAGGUUCCUCAAUAUUUUCCACCAGCACUCAAUAUUCAACUACAGGGGGAAUAGUCAGAACCGAAGAAACUUCAUCUUCCACUGCAAGCAGAACAACUGAAUGUUUCUGCCAUGUAUUUGACCAGUUGUUUUCUCCUGGGCAAGUUGUAUACAACAGAACAGAUAGUUCUGGUUGUUAUUUUUAUGCGCUUUGCAAUGACAAAUGUGAAAUUGACCGAUACCAGGGGCCAUGUCCCACAAUUUCUUCCAUUUCAUCAACCACAUCACCUACAACCUCAGGUUUAUCAAGUCCAGAAUCUGUUUCUUCUACAAUCUCACCAUCUCCAGAAACAUCUACACCACCACCAGAAGGCUGUCCUAGUUUGGAUCCUCCAAGGAAGAUAAACGAAACCUGGAUGUCUGAUAAGUGCACUAAGGCAACAUGUGUGGGAAACAACACAGUUGUUCUGGAGCUUCCUCCACCUGCAGAGGUUAUCACCUGUGUAAAUGGACUCGAACCAGUAAAAAUCUAUGAGCCAGAUGGCUGUACCUAUCAUUAUGAGUGUGAAUGUGUUUGUAAUGGCUGGAGCAAUUCUGGCUACAAGACUUUUGAUGGGGUUGAAUACACAUUCAGUGGACUCUGCAGAUAUGUGCUGGUGAAAGAGAUUGUGCCAAAAUACAAUUUCAGUGUUCUUACUGACAAUUACAACUGUGAUGUGGUUGGUGAACUCUCUUGCCCUAAAUCUAUCAUUGUGAAUUACAACUCCAUGGAAAUAGUGCUAAGCAGUCAGACACAUGAGGGAAACGUAACUAACAAGAUAUUUUUCAACAAAGAGCCAAUUAAUGAAAGCAUUAGCAAGGAUGGUGUUUUCGUUACCAGGGUUGGUAAGGAUUUGACUGUUGAAAUUCCUGCCAUCAAUGCUUAUAUCUCCUUGAACGGAUUCAUCUUCACAGUGAAAGUGCCAUUCAGCCUGUUUGCACAUAACACUGAGGGCCAGUGUGGCACGUGCUCAAAUAUAAAAACAGACGAAUGCCGCAUGCAAGGCGGUCAGGAAGUUUCCUCGUGUUCAGAAAUGGCUUACACGUGGAAGGCUGAGAAUGGAAACAAUCCCUAUUGUCAAGAGACUACAACACCAUCGCCUCCUCCGACCUCACUAACUACACCAAUCUGCAUUUCUUCUUUGCCUCUCUGUGAGCUGAUCUUGAGCGAUAUCUUUGCAGAGUGUCAUAAGAUUCUUCCUCCAAGAAAGUUCUAUACAGAAUGUCUCAAUGAGUCAUGUGAGAACAACAGUGACAGCCUCCCAUGCAUCAUCUUGGACAAAUAUUCUUCCCUCUGCAUUGCUAAUGGUAUCUGUACUGACUGGAGAAGCAAGACUCAAGGAAAAUGCUCAUACAGCUGUCCUCCAGACAAGGUAUAUAAGGCAUGUGGUCCUCAAAAGCCCGUCACCUGUAACGAAAGAACUGGUAACCAGACAAUUGAAGGUUUUGUUGAAGGAUGCUUCUGCCCAGAUGGUACCAUCCUCUUUAAUUCAUUUGCUGAUGUCUGUGUGCCAGAAUGCGGUUGUGUUGGACCAGAUGGACUGCCCAGAGACCCUGGAUCCAAAUGGAAGAGCAAUUGCCAGGAGUGUGUCUGUGACAAAAAGUCUAUGACUGUACAGUGUAAGCCACUUUCAUGUCAGACACCUAUGCCAGCCACUUGUAAUAAACCAGGAUUCAUCCCUAUGCCUGUGUUAACACCAGAUAACCCAUGCUGCCCUGAAAUUAUAUGCAGAUGUGAUAUUACCCUGUGCCCCAAGACCAAGCCUAAUUGUGAACGAGGUUAUGAUCUAGUCUCAGUUGUUUCUGACGGCAACUGUUGUGUGACAUAUGAGUGUGGUAAGUACUUGUCUCCUCUCCUUCUGACCUUACUUCGCAACAACACCUGUAUAGUUAAUGGAGUUCCUUAUGAGGCUGGAAUGCUUGUCCCAAGCGAUCCAUGUAAGAAUUGUACCUGCAGUUCUGUGGUAGAUCCAAUCUCCAAGCAAAAUAUUGUGCAGUGUGAACCAGUGAACUGUCAUACAUCUUGCCCCUCGGGUUAUGAGUAUAAAAAGAAAUAUGGAGAGUGUUGCGGGGAGUGUGUGCAGGUGGCUUGCUUAAUUUCUUUGGAUAACAGCACUAGCCAGGUGCUCAAGCCCGGUGAUACGUGGACACCCCAAAAUAAUAAAUGCAUCUUUUAUGAAUGUGAUAAAAUUGAAGAUCAACUUAUUACAGUGGAAGUUAGGACACCAUGCCCUGCCUUUAACCCUCAUGAGUGUAAACCUGAAGACGUCCAGCUGACUGCCGAUGGCUGCUGCAAAAUAUGUAAAUCGGACAGCUGCAAGGUUCACAAGAAACCAACUGUGAUCUACCAGGAUGAAUGCAAAUCUUCCAAAUCUAUCGAAUUGACAUACUGCGAAGGGUUUUGUGGCAGCUCCUCCAAGUAUUCCUUGGAAGCAAAUCAGAUGCAACACCAAUGUACCUGCUGCCAGGAGCUCAAGAGCCACAGGAGACAAGUGACCCUGACAUGUCACAAUGGUACAAGAACCAAUUAUGACUACAUCUAUGUGGAAGAGUGCCAAUGCAUAACUGCGUGCAGCCCAUCAGAGUCUGAAGACAGGACCAAACAGCUCCAAAGCAGGCAGAUUAAUUAGCCAUAUCAGUGAAAUAACCUAUGCUCCUGCUUAAAACUGUGUUUCUUUCUUAUUUUAGCUCUCACUAUUACCAUGUUUCAUUUGUUAAAAUGUGAGACUAUUCAAGAGCCAAAUAAAUUGUCUUGUCAUGUACUUUGAUUUGUGAACAAUACUGUUUUUGAAGAGAAACAAUGCACAAAAUUACAACUUGAAUUAAGAGAGGUUGGGUCUUGAUUUAAGAUGAAAAAAAAACUUUCCUUUACCAUUUU